AUGGUGGGGGUGGGGGAGAUGGUGGGGGUGGGGGAGAUGGUGGGGGUGGGGGAGAUGGUGGGGGUGGGGGAGAUGGUGGGGGUGGGGGAGAUGGUGGGGGUGGGGGAGAUGGUGGGGGUGGGGGAGAUGGUGGGGGUGGGGGAGAUGGUGGGGGUGGGGGAGAUGGUGGGGGUGGGGGAGAUGGUGGGGGUGGGGGAGAUGGUGGGGGGUGGAGAUGGUGGGGGUGGGGGAGAUGGUGGGGGUGGGGGAGAUGGUGGGGGUGGGGGAGAUGGUGGGGGUGGGGGAGAUGGUGGGGGUGGGGGAGAUGGUGGGGGUGGGGGAGAUGGUGGGGGUGGGGGAGAUGGUGGGGGUGGGGGAGAUGGUGGGGAUGGUGGGGGUGGGGGAGAUGGUGGGGGUGGGGGAGAUGGUGGGGGUGGGGGAGAUGGUGGGGGUGGGGGAGAUGGUGGGGGUGGGGGAGAUGGUGGGGGUGGGGGAGAUGGUGGGGGUGGGGGAGAUGGUGGGGGUGGGGGAGAUGGUGGGGGUGGGGGAGAUGGUGGGGAUGGUGGGGGUGGGGGAGAUGGUGGGGGUGGGGGAGAUGGUGGGGGUGGGGGAGAUGGUGGGGGUGGGGGAGAUGGUGGGGGUGGGGGAGAUGGUGGGGGUGGGGGAGAUGGUGGGGGUGGGGGAGAUGGUGGGGGUGGGGGAGAUGGUGGGGGUGGGGGAGAUGGUGGGGGUGGGGGAGAUGGUGGGGGUGGGGGAGAUGGUGGGGGUGGGGGAGAUGGUGGGGGUGGGGGAGAUGGUGGGGGUGGGGGAGAUGGUGGGGGUGGGGGAGAUGGUGGGGGUGGGGGAGAUGGUGGGGGUGGGGGAGAUGGUGGGGGUGGGGGAGAUGGUGGGGGUGGGGGAGAUGGUGGGGGUGGGGGAGAUGGUGGGGGUGGGGGAGAUGGUGGGGGUGGGGGAGAUGGUGGGGGUGGGGGAGAUGGUGGGGGUGGGGGAGAUGGUGGGGGUGGGGGAGAUGGUGGGGGUGGGGGAGAUGGUGGGGGUGGGGGAGAUGGUGGGGGUGGGGGAGAUGGUGGGGGUGGGGGAGAUGGUGGGGGUGGGGGAGAUGGUGGGGGUGGGGGAGAUGGUGGGGGUGGGGGAGAUGGUGGGGGUGGGGGAGAUGGUGGGGGUGGGGGAGAUGGUGGGGGUGGGGGAGAUGGUGGGGGUGGGGGAGAUGGUGGGGGUGGGGGAGAUGGUGGGGGUGGGGGAGAUGGUGGGGGUGGGGGAGAUGGUGGGGGUGGGGGAGAUGGUGGGGGUGGGGGAGAUGGUGGGGGUGGGGGAGAUGGUGGGGGUGGGGGAGAUGGUGGGGGUGGGGGAGAUGGUGGGGGUGGGGGAGAUGGUGGGGGUGGGGGAGAUGGUGGGGGUGGGGGAGAUGGUGGGGGUGGGGGAGAUGGUGGGGGUGGGGGAGAUGGUGGGGGUGGGGGAGAUGGUGGGGGUGGGGGAGAUGGUGGGGGUGGGGGAGAUGGUGGGGGUGGGGGAGAUGGUGGGGGUGGGGGAGAUGGUGGGGGUGGGGGAGAUGGUGGGGGUGGGGGAGAUGGUGGGGGUGGGGGAGAUGGUGGGGGUGGGGGAGAUGGUGGGGGUGGGGGAGAUGGUGGGGGUGGGGGAGAUGGUGGGGGUGGGGGAGAUGGUGGGGGUGGGGGAGAUGGUGGGGGUGGGGGAGAUGGUGGGGGUGGGGGAGAUGGUGGGGGUGGGGGAGAUGGUGGGGGUGGGGGAGAUGGUGGGGGUGGGGGAGAUGGUGGGGGUGGGGGAGAUGGUGGGGGUGGGGGAGAUGGUGGGGGUGGGGGAGAUGGUGGGGGUGGGGGAGAUGGUGGGGGUGGGGGAGAUGGUGGGGGUGGGGGAGAUGGUGGGGGUGGGGGAGAUGGUGGGGGUGGGGGAGAUGGUGGGGGUGGGGGAGAUGGUGGGGGUGGGGGAGAUGGUGGGGGUGGGGGAGAUGGUGGGGGUGGGGGAGAUGGUGGGGGUGGGGGAGAUGGUGGGGGUGGGGGAGAUGGUGGGGGUGGGGGAGAUGGUGGGGGUGGGGGAGAUGGUGGGGGUGGGGGAGAUGGUGGGGGUGGGGGAGAUGGUGGGGGUGGGGGAGAUGGUGGGGGUGGGGGAGAUGGUGGGGGUGGGGGAGAUGGUGGGGGUGGGGGAGAUGGUGGGGGUGGGGGAGAUGGUGGGGGUGGGGGAGAUGGUGGGGGUGGGGGAGAUGGUGGGGGUGGGGGAGAUGGUGGGGGUGGGGGAGAUGGUGGGGGUGGGGGAGAUGGUGGGGGUGGGGAGAUGGUGGGGGUGGGGGAGAUGGUGGGGGUGGGGGAGAUGGUGGGGGUGGGGGAGAUGGUGGGGGUGGGGGAGAUGGUGGGGGUGGGGGAGAUGGUGGGGGUGGGGGAGAUGGUGGGGGUGGGGGAGAUGGUGGGGGUGGGGGAGAUGGUGGGGGUGGGGGAGAUGGUGGGGGUGGGGGAGAUGGUGGGGGUGGGGGAGAUGGUGGGGGUGGGGGAGAUGGUGGGGGUGGGGGAGAUGGUGGGGGUGGGGGAGAUGGUGGGGGUGGGGGAGAUGGUGGGGGUGGGGGAGAUGGUGGGGGUGGGGGAGAUGGUGGGGGUGGGGGAGAUGGUGGGGGUGGGGGAGAUGGUGGGGGUGGGGGAGAUGGUGGGGGUGGGGGAGAUGGUGGGGGUGGGGGAGAUGGUGGGGGUGGGGGAGAUGGUGGGGGUGGGGGAGAUGGUGGGGGUGGGGGAGAUGGUGGGGGUGGGGGAGAUGGUGGGGUGGGGAGAUGGUGGGGGUGGGGAGAUGGUGGGGGUGGGGGAGAUGGUGGGGGUGGGGGAGAUGGUGGGGGUGGGGGAGAUGGUGGGGGUGGGGGAGAUGGUGGGGGUGGGGGAGAUGGUGGGGGUGGGGGAGAUGGUGGGGGUGGGGGAGAUGGUGGGGGUGGGGGAGAUGGUGGGGGUGGGGGAGAUGGUGGGGGUGGGGGAGAUGGUGGGGGUGGGGGAGAUGGUGGGGGUGGGGGAGAUGGUGGGGGUGGGGGAGAUGGUGGGGGUGGGGGAGAUGGUGGGGGUGGGGGAGAUGGUGGGGGUGGGGGAGAUGGUGGGGGUGGGGGAGAUGGUGGGGUGGGGGAGAUGGUGGGGGUGGGGGAGAUGGUGGGGGUGGGGGAGAUGGUGGGGGUGGGGGAGAUGGUGGGGGUGGGGGAGAUGGUGGGGGUGGGGGAGAUGGUGGGGGUGGGGGAGAUGGUGGGGGUGGGGGAGAUGGUGGGGGUGGGGGAGAUGGUGGGGGUGGGGGAGAUGGUGGGGGUGGGGAGAUGGUGGGGGUGGGGGAGAUGGUGGGGGUGGGGGAGAUGGUGGGGGUGGGGGAGAUGGUGGGGGUGGGGGAGAUGGUGGGGGUGGGGGAGAUGGUGGGGGUGGGGGAGAUGGUGGGGGUGGGGGAGAUGGUGGGGGUGGGGGAGAUGGUGGGGGUGGGGGAGAUGGUGGGGGUGGGGGAGAUGGUGGGGGUGGGGGAGAUGGUGGGGGCAUGGAGGAGGCAGGGCAUGGCCAGGGGCAGGCAGGCAUGCGUGGCAGCAGGGAGGGGGGAGCACACCACCUGUCCCUGCAUGGCCUCGCAGCAGUGCGGCGCCGGUGGGACGCCUUCCUGCUGCCCCUGCCUUGCUCUGCCCCAACCCCUCACCCCCAAGUACCUUAUCGCCCUCUACGCGCUCUCGUCGCUCACACCCAUCAGCUCCUCUCACCGACCUCCUCCUUCAUGCUUGAAGGUCCGCCUGCUGCUCCUGCCGCUGCUGCGGCUGCUGCUGCUGCUACUGCUGCGUCGCUGUCCCCAGAUGUGCUUGCCCCAGGCUCGUCAGUGCCUCCAUGCUGGGUGCCUGGCCCCCCACCUGCCACCUCCGAAUGGCGGCGCUAUCUUCUCGGGAAUUACUGA